AUGAGUGGUUUUGUUGGAUAUCUACCCCCAUCUGUGGAUACUCCAGUGCAGCAACUUGCUUUGCUACACAUGAGGCUGCAGCUCAGCGCGUUGCCCGCUGACUUCAGCAAUCGUUAUCUCAGUGCCGAGGAAUGCCAGCGUUUGCGACUUGCCGGGCCUGCGGUGGAUGAACGCCUGGCUGGCAAAGAUCCGGCAAACUCUAGCAAGAUCGACUCGCGCUUCCGCACGCUGGUGCAUGGCGAUGCGAAGCCAGAGAAUCUGCUUUGCAGCGAAGGGUCCAGCCCUCGCUGCGCUGCUUUGGAUUUUGGCUGGGUCGGAGAAGGCUACGGCGUCUAUGACGUGGCGUACUUGCUUUGGGACCAGAUAGCAACAAAUGUGGUCGAGGACUUCCUCUCACUGUACCACCAGAUGUUGCUGGACUUGCUGCCUCCCGCAUCCAGGGCCGCCUACACCCAUGCUAUUCUGAAGCAGCACUUCGACUUGGCUGUGGUGGAUUUCAUUCGUUGGGAGCUUGGCUUCAAAGGUGGGACCUACUUCUGGGCCAUGCCUUGGGCAGUUCAAAUCCUCCGCGACGUGCUCAACCAGCUGGAUGGGGGUGUCCCUCACCCUCCAGCACACUAUGCCGUAGCGGUUUCUGCCUCGCAAGUCCCCUCCGCUUUCCACUUGUCGCGAGGCGACGCCAAGCUGCCAGUCACGGUGCAGGACGGCGAGGCACAAACCGACGGCUACGAGCUGGGCACGCCCAGGGCCGCUGCCAUACGUGGUGCUGCAGCCAGCGGCGCCUGCAGCCGACACGAGGAGGAGGAGUUCAUCGAGCGCAUUCGGGAUGCUGUGCGACAGCUGCACGAUGCUAGGCAGCGACAGGUUAAGGCGAAGGCUGGCGAGCAACGUGCAUUAGAAGAGAUCCGGAAGCGUGAAGCUGUGAUCGAGCAGUUACGAGAUGAUCUUGCUUAG